AUGAACGACAUCCAUCUUGUGCCGUCAGGUCGUGGGGCUCCUAAUGCGGAUACUAACAUGACAAAUACCGAGACUUUGAAUAUCUCCAUGACGAGAUCACCGGGAGUCUUAAGUUAUGUGGAAGAGAUUCAAGUUCCGCGGUCGCCUCAGCCCUUGUCGUUACAAAUAGAUGGGCUAAAUGCCCAUGUGUAUGACAAAGACACUUCUAAUUCUGUUGUUGAAUCUUCCGAACAUGGUAGUGAGACAUCUGGCGAUGGCCAACGACAAGACCUUCAGUCUACUAGUACAUUUACAGACUCGGUAAAUAGUCUUCCUCUGUCCUCGCUCAACACUCAACCCAUGGAGUUUGUCAAUUCUUUCAACGAGAACGUGAAUACACAUAACUCAACUACAUACAAACAAUCACCCGAAUUUCAAGAGCCGUCGCCCGGCCUUGUACUAUCUCACAAAUCCAACUUGAAUGGGCAUGUGCGAAGGCGUUCGAAGAGCACGGGCUUGUCAGCCCAUGACAGCAAGAUCGCACAGCUUUCUGCUCGUAUGCGCACGCGACUGUCAAAGGCGGCCGCCAAUCUAGAAAAGUCUCGGUCGAAUGAUAUCAACUCCCAACUUGCCCUUCACGGGCUUGCUAGCUUUUCAUCAGCAGUCCAGCCUGCAAAUAGUACUAUUUUGACUCCGCCAGUAAAUCCCCGACGCACAUCACCAUCAAAUAUACCUCGAUCCUUUCUAUCCCAUCACCGCUCUCAAUCCGCUAUUCCUGCCUCCGACAGACUCAGUAAUUUCCCCAAAUUGGCGCCACCUGUCGAUAUUAUAGCAUCAAACGGCGACACAUACCUGCGGGCAAACUCAAAUUUGAUAAAGAAUUCAUAUGGCCGAAGUCCAUAUUCCGGUCACAGUCCAUAUUUCCGUCACAGACGAAACAACUCACACCAAGAACCCCCAAAUGCCCGGGCUGAGCAAGACGCAAUUGAAACUCUUAUGUUCAUGUCUAGUCCUGAAAACUCAGGCUACCGCGCCAGCCCUCGACCAUUGCAACCCCCCACCCAACGUAACUUGCAUGCAUCAAUCUACUCAGAUAGGAAUGGUAGUGGAACUGACCAGAAUCAACACUCUCAAAAUGAUAGGUUACAGUCUGGAGAAGCUUCACAUAUGCGAAAUUCAGACCUAGGACUCGAAGCUCAUGCGGGUGAUGAGAUUGACCGCAUCCUGGACCAGAUGGGAAGUGAUAGUGAAGAGGAUGCACAUUAUGCAUCACAUCGUUUCCCCUUUAAACUAUCGGCUCCUGGUGGGCAUAGCCAGCCGAAGUAA